GAUGGCAGUAAAUGAUGAAAGAUAUGUAUUUAUAGUCGAAUGGUUUGACACAAGUGCUUCUUUGAUAAGGAGUUAUAAUCUCAUUUACUUUAUGGCUGAUAAGACGAUUGAGAUGGUAUAUGAAUGAUUAAUGGAUUUAGUUUGAUUUGAAAAACAAAAGAAUAUUUCUUAAAAGAUGUGAGUAUCCUUCUGUUUAAUUGAAGGAUUUAUAUGUUGGGUCUAUUGUGACUGUUUUUUCAAGAUAAUUAAAAAUAGUAGAUUAUGCAGAUGUAUUUACAAGAUCGAAAUUUGAAGUCUAAAGAGGAAAGUAAGUAUCUUAAUUAAAUAUUUAGAACAUUUGGUAUGAUAAAACCAGAUGCAUAUACACAUAUUGGAAAGAUAAUUACUGCAAUUGAAAAGAACGGUUUCGUAAUUGGUAAUUUGAAAAUGACUAGAAUGUAAAUUGGUGAUGCUCAAUAAUUCUAUGCAGAACAUAGAGUAAAUUAUAAAUAGAUUUCAUUAGGGCAAACCAUUCUUUGAUGAACUUACAUAAUUUAUAUGUAGUGAUUUUAUAGUGGGUUUGGAAUUAAUAGCAGAUAAUAGUGUGAAAAAAUGGAGAGAUCUUAUUGGACCAACUAAAUGUUAAGUUGCUAGAGUAGAAGCACCAAAUUCAAUGAGAGCUUUAUAUGGUACAGAAGGAGUUAGAAAUGCUUGUCAUGGAAGUGAUGCUCGUAAAAUGAUUAAUUUAUAAUGAAUAGCUGGAUCAGCAUAAAGAGAAUUAGAUUUCUUUUUCUCUGAUAAAUCUAAUCUAAAAUCAACUGCAGUAUUUAAUAAUUGCACUUGUGCCAUCAUUAAACCACAUAUAGUAUUGGAAGGAAGAGCAGGAUAAAUUAUAGAUAUCAUUUUAAGUGAAGGUUUUGAAAUUUCAGCUAUGCAAAUGUUCUAUUUAGAUAGAGCUACAAGUGAAGAAUUCUUUGAAGUCUAUAAAGUAUAUGAUUAUCCAUAAUUUAUUUAGGGUGUAUUACCUGAAUUUUAAGCCAUGUCUGAACAUUUAACAUCUGGUCCUUGUAUUGCUAUGGAAAUCAGAUAAGAAAAUGCUGUAUAUAAAUACAUUAAAAUAUUUAGGUUAAAUCUUUUAGAGAUCUAUGUGGACCCCAUGAUCCAGAAAUUGCUAAGACUUUGAGACCUUAAACAUUAAGAGCCAAAUUUGGUAUUGAUAGAGUUAAAAAUGCUAUUCAUUGCACUGAUUUGUAAGAAGAUGGCAUACUAGAAGUAGAAUAUUUCUUUAAUAUUUUACAAUAAAAAUGAU